AUGGAAUAUGCAUCAAUGGAUGGACCAAGUGAAGAAGUGAACGUAUCAUUUUAUGAUAGCUUGACCUGUGUUAGCGAAUCGUUUUUGAUACAAAACCUCGAGCCAUUCGAUUGUUACGAAGUGGAACACAACGAUUUUUACUAUGCCAUGCAAGCAAACAAUGUUGAGAGACUUAAAACACUCAUUGAGAAGUGGGAAAGUGAUUUAAGUAAUUCAAACCAUUCGCGACAGUUGGAUCAACUUCUGUCAGAUGCUUACGAAGAAUUGAAAAUGAAGAAUAUGGAGCUGAUCGAGGAUAUAAAAAUACUUGUGCAAGAGAAGCUGAUAAAUUUACGUUUCUUUCUCGAAACUCCCGUAACGGUUGGUAGUGAUGAUGCCGAAAAUAAUGACCGAAUCGAUUGGGUUAUUGAACAGAUGAAACUUUUGGAUCACCAUUACGGUCACGAUGAUGUCAGAGUCGAUGAUCAAUUUUUGUUUUCGUGUAGAAUUAUUGCCCAAAAUCUUCAUAUAAUGAAACGACAAUUCAAGUCAACGUAUAACCAUCUGCCAUGGGAAGAAAUGGAGUUUUGCAUCUGUGCGUUUGUGUUUUCUCACACUAAAAAGGACGAAAUAAUUUUUUUCUACAAUGCAGUGCUCAACAAAACACGAAUUUUGAAACAUGUAAAAAAAUUUCAAGAAGGUUUAGAAAGCGGCAAACUUAAAUCAUUCACCGGACCUGGUGUACACACGAGAAGGGAUGGCAAUAUGCGUUCGGAAAACUUGGACUUUGAAGAUUUGUUUUCUGAUUAUUGGCAAAUCAAAACUAUUUACUCAUUAUUUCGCAUGAGAGACUAUAUCAAACUAGCACUGACUGAGGUGAAUGAUGACGACAUUCACCCUUAUGUUGCCGAAAGAGCCUUGCAAGUCAUAGGGGAAUAUUUGAAAAAUUCUCCCGAAUCUCCACACCUUUCGAAGGAAGUCAGUGAUUUGAUACUCGCCAGUUUCCAUCUUGAACAGCGUGAAAAAAUUAUCUAUAUGCGUAAUGCAUUAUCCCACACAAAACUGGAUAAUAAUAUACUAGUCGGAAAACUCGCGAAGGCUCGUCGUAGGAAACCGGAUUUCCGAGAGGAUUUAGCUCAACUCGUUGCAGUCAUUCACGAAGUCAUUCUUGAUAAGAAAUAUGAAAUCUCGCUUAGGAUACUGGAAAAUAUGCUCAAUAAUGAGCAGCCAUCAUGGAAGCAAUCCGAGUUAGUUCGAAUAUUCGAUAACGCUGAUUUCAAGAAUUAUGAUUUGGAAAGCUAUCAAACAAAGCAAAAUAUCAACCAAACAAUUAUAUCGUUAACCAAUCAACAAAAUAUGUUUGCUGCUGCAGAGAAUAACAAUGUCGAAGAAGUGUUCAACUGUUUGGAGAAGGGAGCAGAUAGAUACGCAAGAGAUUUUAGACAUUGGAACUUGCUUCACUAUGCUGCUAAAGGUAAUAGCGUCGAAAUAUGGAAAAGAUUUGGAAAUGUAAUUAUGAUUGAUUUGGAAGACAUUGAUGGGAAUAAACCGAUCCACAUAGCGGCUCGAUAUGGGAAAUUGGAUAUUAUCAAUGUUUUAUUAGAUGAAGUGAUGCUUCGAGGAUAUAAUUUAAAUAAUGUAAAACGAAAGAAUGCAAUCGGACCAUUGCACUUAGCAGCGCAAAACGGUCAUACGGAAGUGGUCAAAUUUUUGCUAACUAAGGGUGCAAAUGUAGAGGCUACAACAGUUGAUGGUUUAACUCCACUGCACUUAGCGGCACAAAAUGGGCACACAGAAGUGGUUGAUACUUUGCUGACUAAUGAAGCAAAUGUAGAAGCUACAACACUUCAUGGAUUGAAUGCAUUACACAUCGCAGCGCAACAUGGUCACGCAGAAGUAAUUAAAAUUUUACUGGCCAAAAAUGCGAAUAUAAACGUUACAGCACCUAAUGGUUCAACUCCAUUGCACUUUGCGACGCAAUAUGGUCAUACUGACAUACUUACCAUUCUCGUGACCAAAAAUGUGAAUGUAGAUGCGAAAGAAAAUUGUGGAUUGACCCCACUGCACUUGGCCACCCAAAAUGGUUACGAAAAAGCAGUUACCAUUUUACUGAGCGAAAACGCGAAUAUAGAAGCUACUGCAAUUUGCGGUUCGACAGUACUGCACAUGGCUGCGGAAAAUGGCUAUACCGGACUGGUUAGAACGUUACUGACCAAAAUUCCAAACGUAGAAACAAAAAACCUUGACGGUAGCAGUCCAUUGCACUUAGCAGCGCAAAAUGGUCAUGCGGAAAUAGUUUACAUUUUACUGGGCAAGAAUGUGAGUGUUGAUGCAACUGAUAAUGACGGUUGGACUCCAUUACACUUAGCAGCGCUAUAUGGUCACACAGAAGUGAUUAACAUUUUACUGAGCAAAGAUGUAAAUAUUGAUGCUACUGAAAAAGAUGGAUGGACAGCAUUACACUUUGCAGCGCAAGAUGGUCACACGGACAUAGUUAACGUUUUGCUAAAUAUAAAUGCUAAUCUAGCUUCUACUACCAACGACGGUAGGACCCCGUUGCACUUAGCUGCCGAAAAUGGGCAUACAGAAUUAAUCAAUGUUUUUUUGGACAAAGAUACGAAUAUGGAAAGCGAAACAUCCGAUGGUUUGACUCCACUGCACCUCGCCGCGCUUAAUGGUCACACAGAAGUAUCCAACAUUCUACUGAACAGAAAUGCGGAUGUAAACGCUGUCGAUUUCGAUGAACGGACACCAUUGCAUCUAGCUGCACAAAAUGGCUAUACAAAAAUUAUUGAAGCAUUACUGUUUAAAAAAGCGGAUAUUGAAGCUAAGACAUCCAUUGAUUCAACUCCAUUGCACAUAGCAGCGCAAAAUGGACAAACAGAAGUAGUUAUUUUCUUACUGACUAAAGAUGCGAGUGUGGAUGCUUGCAAUAAUGGCUUAGCGACACCAUUGCAUUUAGCAGCCGAAAGUGGUCAUGCGAAGGUGGUUAAAACUUUGCUAACAAAAAGAGCGUUUAUAGAAGCUACCACAGAGGCUGAUUUUACUCCAUUGCACAUAGCGGCGCAAAACGGUCACACGGAAGUGGUUGAAAUUUUGCUGAGCAAAGAUGCGCGUGUAGAGGCACGAACAUAUGAUGAUUUAACACCUUUACAUCUAGCAUCGAAAAAUGGUCAUACAGAAGUGGUUGACAAUUUGUUGAGCAAAAAUGCAAAUGUGAAUACUCUGACACCAGAUGAAGCGACACCAUUGCACUUAGCUGCACAAAACGGCCAUUCAGAAGUGGUUAACACUUUACUGGCGAACAGUGCGAACAUAGAUGCUACCACAUUCAAUAGGUUUACACCAUUGCACUUAGCUGCUCAAGACGGUCAUGCUGAAGUGGUUGACGCUUUGCUGACGAAAGCCGCGAAUGUAGAAGCCACCACAUUCAAUGAUUUUACAUCAUUACACUUAGCUGCGCUAAACGGUCAUACUAAGGUAGUAAACUCUUUGCUGACCAAAAAUACGAAUGUGGAAGCUGUGACAGUCGAUGGUUUGACUCCGUUGUAUUUAGCUGCUCAAAAUGGUUUUUCAGAAAUAGUUCAAGCUUUGCUAGUCAAAAAUGCAAACGCAGAUGCUAAAGCACCUAAUGGAUUUAAUCCAUUGCUCAUAGCAGCGCAAUUUGGUCAUACGGAAGUGGUUGAUAUUUUAUUGAACAAUAGUGCCAAUAUGGAAGCUACGACAAUCCAAGGUCUAACACCAUUGCACUUGGCUGCAUCGAACGGUCACGCAGACGUGGUAGACAUUUUGUUGAGUAAAGGUGCGAAUGCGAAUGCUUCAGUGGUUAUGCGACACCGAUGCUUUUGGCUGCCCAAAAUGGUCAUGACGCCGCGGUAG